AUGGCCUCCUCCGGCAAGCCUGCUUUGGACGACGCCCGUCGCACUACAGGAUCGCCGAAAAUGAAGACCCGAGAGAACGCGAAAGAUACGCUAUGUCGCAAUGUGACAAUCUAUGGUCGUUGUCGCUAUGAAGACAAAGGCUGUGCUUUCAAUCAUGAUCCGCUGAAAAUCAAUGCAACACACCAGUCGGACAGUGGUCUCAAAAUCAGCAAUAAGAAACGUUUCAACGUGGACUCACCGAGCUUCACCCCCUCUCUCUUGUCUGGCAACGGCACCUCCGCACCUAAGAAAUCAACAAUCUCCCCCAAAGCCGCCAGCGCAGCCCCAUUUCAACCCCGAGUUGCUGCAUCCCGUAUGGCUUCUGACCCAGAACCAUGGUCAUCCCCGCUGACUGGAAAAGGCUCCAACACGAGUACGCCGAUGCGACAGGAAACAGGAACCCCAGAUUGGACAGAGGUGCAGGAGUUUGUGCCUGCUGUGUAUGAUGGUCAUGUGGCAUCUCUCCAGGGUAAUGGAAACGGCGCUAUUUCUGCGUCAGCUGCAUAUGAUCCUUUCGUAACAUCAUCGACUCCUCUGUCCGGUACCACAGCUGUUGGACCUGUAUCUACCAAUCCAUAUGCCCACGAUACUGCUGCCGCCCUCGGACAAGCUACAUUCUUUGCAAACCAAACCGGCUUCCAACAACCGGUCCAAUAUCACCUCUACGCCCCUAUCGGUCCUCACAAUUCGAAUACACUUGGGUACCAACGCAACGUCCAUGACCUUUUUCUCCCCAACGACUUCCGAGAAGAGCUGCAGAAGAAGGCGGCAGCUACUUUACAAACCUUGCCCAACACACAACUUCCUGGCCAGGUCGAUUACUUUCACUCACUUGUACCCUUGGACUUGAGUCAUCAGAAGAAUGCAGCAACAUUUGGCUAUCCUAGCUGGGUGUACAAGGCGCAAUCAAGCAAGGAUGGAAAUUUCUACGUCCUCCGUCGACUGGAGGGAUUCCGCUUGACAAACGAGAAGGCUAUUCGGUCUGUCCAGGCUUGGAAGCGUGUUUGCAGCGGUAGUGUGGUAACAGUCCAUGAUGCAUUCACUAGUCGAAGCUUCCAAGACAGCUCGCUGAUCUUUGUCACCGACUACCACCCCCUUUCCAAGACAUUAGCCGAGCAACAUCUGGGCUCUGGAAACCGUUUCCAGGGUCGUCACAAUACGCCCAUUGCCGAGCAGGUUCUCUGGGGCUAUAUGACCCAGAUUGCCAAUGCCCUGAAGGCGAUCCACACCAAUGGUCUUGCCGCGCGCGUCCUGGAACCCAGCAAAGUGCUUCUGACAGGCAAGAAUCGGGUCCGCCUGAACUCAUGUGCCAUUCUCGACGUGGUCCAGUUUGACACCCAAAGGCCCAUCGCAGAUUUGCAAAGGCAGGAUCUCGUUAACUUCGGUCAAUUGAUUCUCACCCUUGGUGCAAACUCGCCCAACGUUAUGCACCACCAAACAAAGGCUAUGGACCACUUCUCCCGGGCAUAUAGCCCGCAAAUGAAAAACUCCGUCUUUUGGCUGCUGAGCGCACUGCAAAAGGACCAAGAGCGAAACAUUGACACCUUCAUCACCGGGAUUUCCUCGCAGUUGAUGUCGACUUUCGAUUCCGCUCUUCACCUUGAUGACCAACUCACAUCCGAUCUUAGCCGCGAGCUUGAGAAUGGUCGUUUAGUGCGUCUUAUGACGAAGUUGAACUUCAUCAACGAACGUCCAGAAUACGAACAUGAUCGUCAAUGGUCUGAGAAUGGGGAGCGUUACUUCUUGAAGAUCUUCCGAGACUAUGUCUUUCACCAGGUUGAUGCUCAAGGAGAACCAGUGGUUGACUUGGGUCAUGUGUUAACUUGCUUGAAUAAGCUCGACGCCGGCAGUGAUGAGAAGGUCACUCUUGUGAGUCGGGAUGAGCAAAGCUGCUUUAUUGUCAGCUACAAGGAGGUGAAGAAAGCGCUUGAAUCUUCCUUCCAGGCAUUGAUGAAGCCAGCAAGAAGGCUUCAUUAA